ACAGCAGGAACAAGAAGCUCCUGGAAAACUCCAGCUCUUCCAUGAGUAUAUCCUGGCCCUGGGGCCUGAGAUCUCUCCAUGCAGGAACAGCCACAAACUCCGGAGGUGGCGGCAUCGCCCGUCCCACCACCUCCGGCCCCGCCGUCCAGCCAGCCGCUGGUCCCUUCACUGCCAGUGUUCGUGGACCACGCAAUCCAACCAAGCAAGGAACUCAUUAAGCCCAAAGCGAUUUUAGGACGCCCAUUAGAGAGACCCACAGAGGUUGGUGCGGCUGGUGCUGGUGCUGGUGCUGGUGCUGGUGCUGGUGCUGGUGGUGGUAGUGGUCCUGCUGCUGCUGCUGUUGCUGACGAGUGCCCAGGAUCAGGGGCCAGGGGAGUUGGAGUCAAAAAUCAUCGCUGUCAGCGGAUCCGAGCCAGCCGAGAAGCAGGCUCACGGUUUGCCAUGGAGGGCUUGGACGAUAAACUGAUCCUGAACGUAGGGGGCAUGCGCCAUGAGACCUACAUCAGCACCGUGCGGGCCUUUCCAGGCACCCGCCUCUACAAGCUGACCGAACCACCCCCGCCUGGCACCCCAGCUGCUCAGGGUCCACCAGUCCGAGAGUUUUUCUUUGAUCGCAAUCCUGAGCUCUUUAGCUAUGUCCUGGGCUACUACCGUACCCGGCAGUUGCAUUGUCCUGCCGAUGUUUGUCGGGAUGUCCUAGAGGAGGAGUUGGCUUACUGGGGCCUGGCUGAAGCGCCAUUGGCACCUUGCUGCUGGCUCAAGCUAGGUGGCAGGGAGACCCGUACGCAGGAUUUCCUGUCCUGGGAAGCCUGUGAGAAUGCCCAUGUGGAUGAACGCCUUCUGCUGAACCCCAUCGAAAACCAGGGACUGCGGAAUGCUUGGAAGCCAUGGCUCUGGAUGCUUCUUGAUCAACCUCGGUCAUCCCUAGGGGCCAAGUGCCUUUCCCUGAUCUCCGCCCUCUUUGCCGUGUGUGCCCUGGUCAUCUUCUUCCAGGAGACGGAGGUCCAGCUGGAUUAUUUCUCUGCCAACUUCACUCCUGUGGGACAUGGGGUGGGGGCAGGAGGGAACCAGCAGCAGCCGCAGCAACAACAACAGCAACAGAACAAUGGUCUUGUUUACCGCCGAGCCCCCCACUUGCUUUACCUGGAAUUGCUGUGUGCCCUUUGGUUUGGAACUGAGCUCUUUGCCCGGGCCAUUUCCUGCCCUGAUAAGGUGCGCUUUCUGUGUAGCCCUCUCAAUCUGGCUGACAUCUUCUGUUUGUUCCCUGUGCUGGUAGAAUUAGUGGUGGGUGACAAGGCUGAACGGCAACCCCGCCUUAGCCUUACUCUGGGAGCCAUUCGUUCUCUCUAUGUUCUCAAGUUGGUGCGUCUUCUGGGCUUUCUUGAAAAGUCUUUGGCCUUGAGAGUCUUGGUUCAUACUCUCCAUUCCUCCUGGAAAGAAGUAUGUGCCUUUAUCCUAAUUUGGGUAGCUGAAAUCUUAUUCUUUGGUUCACUCUUCCUCUAUGGAGAGCUCUUGGGCAUGUCUACCCCAAGUCAGGGUGAGCUCCACUUUGGAGAUAUCUUUACAUGUCUCUGGUGGACUGUGAUAACUCUCACCACUGUCGGCUAUGGAGAUGUCUACCCCCUUUCUGCUCUGGGUCAGCUUACUGCUGCUGUCACAGCAACCGUGGGCAUGUGCACUGGUGUCUUGCUGGUGCCUGUGCUCCUGGUCCGCUUCCAGCGCUAUUAUGCCGUAGCCCUGGCUCGCCAGAAACUGAGGCCCAGUGGCCUAUAAUGGGCCAUUGAUCAAGAGGGGUAGGGGCCCACCUUCCCUUCCUCUUGCCAGUUUCUGGUUAUUGAUAAUGAUUUCUGACUUUGGACUUGGAAAAGAAAACAAUUCUUCAAGAAUAGCCCUCGGUCAUGGCAAUUCCUGAUCAUCAGGAUCAGCUAAACAUGGCCAAUAGGUCAGCUUCUUUCUUCUCCUCAAGGGGGCGCCCUGGAGGAAGAGCCUGAGGCGCAAAGUUUUUUAGGCCUCAGUGUCCUUGACCCACCCUAAGCCCUUCUCUUCUUACUCCUGAAAUAACCAGGAAGGAUAGUUUCCUGGAUUGGUGCUAUAAUUCUCGCAACCAGUUCUGUCCCUUUCUCACAUUCCUGCCUCCCCCAGUGGACCCUAUCGCUAGAUAGGGGACUUUGGGGUGACAGUAACCAUAAUAUAUCAGCUGGUUACAUGGGAAUAUCAAUGGUGAUUGGCAGUGGGUAUAAAUAGUAAUUGUUUGUGAAUAUCUUGAUAGAAACUGGUUGUGAGUAUCAAUGACAAUUGCUACCUUCGUUACCCAGGUAUAGCCAAAUUGUAGCAUUGCUCUGCAUACUGAUCCUGGGACAAAGGCUUCUGACAGUCUUUGAAGAUUCUCAGAGAUUCUAGGCAGAUGCGGGUCAGCCAUGACUGAACCCAAAGCACUCCAACUCUAUGACCUCUUUAUCCCAUUAUAUUUUUACCCAAUCCUUCCUUCCCCCAUCUCUGUGAGUUUUUUCCCUAAUAUUUUAGACAUAGUAUUAAGCCAUCAGUAAUCAUGAUAUAUUAGUCAAUAUUAGCCACAAUAUAUCAGCUACAAUAACAGUAUAUAGUCACUAAUAGGCAUGAAAUGUUAUCGUUACACAUUGCAUGGACAGGAAUGAGGAAACUGGGAUUGUUGACAAGAACAGGCACUCAAUUUCCUCUUCCAAAUUUUUUCCAUAUUUUUAAUAAAAAUUUACUCAUUUAUAAUUCUUUUAAAAAAAUUUUUUUCCAAACACUUUUCAGUACCCACAACGGGUCUACCUCCAAUUCUCCAAUCCUAGCUGCUAUUUGAAUAUUCUUACCUUCCGAUCUCUUCCAUUUCUUUUUCUUCCUCUUCUCCUCCUCCUUCUCCUCCUGCUCCUUCUCCUCCUCCUCCUCCUCCUUCCUGCAUGCUCUUGCCUCUUGGAUUUUCCUGUGGUGUCUCUCAUCAACUCUCUUGGAACUGGCUUCCAGGAGGAACAGAAGGGGCCUCCUCAGGUCUAACAUCAAAUCAAGCCACUAGGUUGUCUGAGAAAGUACACCAGGCAACUUGGCUGAGCUGGGAGGUGAAUUGAGCCCUCAUUGUUUCUGAAGCUGUGAGCAUAAUUCUGUUUACAAAACAUUUA